CAAGCGCCAGGACCACCUAGUGUACACAUGAACCUUCUGCGUCGUCAUCGUCCUGCUUCUGCACCCGGGGUCUCGGCGGCCGGGCACGGUGCCACCGCCACGGCCUCGCGAUGGUAGUGGUGCACGAGGUGGAGCUCCUGGACGAGCACCCCGUGGCCAGGCCUCCAUACCUGGCCCACCUGCAAGGGGGAGGAGGAGGCGCCAUACCGCAGCACCUGCACCACUCGCACCCAAACAGGCACCUCCACGGGGGCUUCGCCGCGCAGCCGCCGCAGCAGCUCAAGCUAGGGCCCCCCGGAGGAUCGUCGUCCCUUCCGCGGCACCACGGCCAGCCCCCGUCGGCGCCCUACCACGACCCGACAACGGAGGAAGACGACGACGAGGACGAAGAGGAUGACCUGCCAGAGUACGCGGAGGCCGGACCGCCCACAGGUCCCCCACCCGGUCUGGCCCUCAUCGACCGGCACCCGUACCUCUGUCCGGCCUCGGGCAGUGCCCACCGCCGCUCGCUGCCCACGGGGGCCGGCGACUGCGUGCGACACCUCGUCCUCGGUGCCCCUGGACAAGCGCAGCGACCGCUUCACCGCGCUCAGCGCCCUCUUCACGAUCGUGUCGCUGCUCGCGUACGCGGCCGACGUGGGCUCGGACGCGGCCACCUGCUACUUCCUGUACCUGGAGGGAAACCCCUGGUGGUUCGGCCUCACGCUCGCCGUCACCGUCGUCGCAGCGGUGACCGUGAACGCGUUCAGCCUGCGAUGGUACAUGCACGACGACCGGGAGAGCCGCGCGUCGGCGAAGGAGCUCGCCGGCGCUCAAGGCGUCGUUGCCACGCCCGUGCACCGGCCCCGCAUGGGACCGCUCGGGUGGGCGUUCAGGGUGCUCUUCCACCUCGCCUUCCUGGGACCGGUAGUCAGGUACAUCGACCUCCUGGUCUACGGUCUCAAGAGCCGCUCGAGAGACAAGCGCAGCCGCCAGCGGCAGCAGCAGUGGCACCUGACGCCCGUGCGCCUCGAACAGCCACGCUCGCAGCAGGUGGACUACUACCUGCUGAUGAUCCACGAGGACCGGGACACGGCCCUGCUGGCGCUGCUCGAGAGCUUCAUGCAGUCGGCGCCGCAACUCGUGCUACAGCUGUACAUCCUGUGCGACCGGUACGGACUGCGCAUGCACGCAGACACGUUCACGGUGGCCGCCCAGCUGGGCUCGGUGGGCUCGUCCCUGUUCGAGCUGUGCUGGUCGCUGGCCAGCUACCACCGGGCACUGCGUCGCUCGGUGCCGGACAAGCACAACAUGAGCCGCACCGGAUCGGCGCUGCAGUUCCUCUGGCGCCUGGGCACCGUGGCGUCGCGCGCCGGCGCGCUGGCCCUGUUCGCGUCGCAGUACAAGUACUGGCUGCUGCCGGCCUGCAUCGGCCACUGGGGCGUGAUGACGGUGUGGGUGAUGCACCAGGGCACGCGCUUCUGCGACAGCGACGCCGGCCGCCCCAGGCCGUGCCGCGAGUACCUGUUCAACAUGCUCAUCGGCGCUAUCUACCUCUUCUGCUUCCUCAACGUCAAGGACGAGCCAACGCGGUACAAGUACAGCGCCUACUACGUCAUCGCCUUUCUGGAGAACACCGCCCUCAUCGUGCUGUGGUACUUCCGCGCCGACCCGGUGCUCUGGUACCGGCUGCCGCUGCUCGUCGGCGUCAUCGGCAGCUUCGCCGUCGGCAUUCUCUUCAUGCUCAUCUACUACCGAUUCUUUCACCCCAACGGACGGCUGCCGCUGUACAACCCCAUCGCCCGAUGCUGCUGAUAACCAACACCUAAAAGGAGUAAAACUGUAGAAUCACUCCGAAUCUGCACCAAGGUCAACAGAAAAUGAACGCGUAACUUGAGAGCAAGUACACUCUCUCCUUACUCCUCUUCGUUUACAAAGUGACGUCGCGAAUGACAAGCCAGAGGGAGUCAUCGUGAAACACUCCUCCAUCCGAGAAGGAGUAAAGUAC